AUGCUGAAGGCAUUUGAGCCCCCAAUUGAUUUAAGCCAGGACAUCAAUAUUUGUGAACAGCAUCAUCUGGAUAAUGUCUCAGGCAAUCAAAUUUUCCCUGUGGAGAUGAAUCCUUGCUCUUGUGAGUCUGCUUUGACAAGUAGAAGAUGGUGUUACCCAAAACCUGAUGAAGCUAGCCAUGGAGAAGUGGGCAACGUAAUGUGCAGAUCACUUGAAUUGGUCGCAGAAAAUGAGGAGGAGAAAAUUCAACCUUCGAACAAGACCAAUAAUGGGAGCUGUUCUGUAGGCUCAGAAUAUAAGCAAAAAGCAGAUGAUGCUGGUGGUCACGAUAUUGAGAAAAAUCAGGUGCCCUCAUCACCACCUGAUUGGUUGGAUCCAGCAUUUCGGCUGCAUGUUCCACUAGCUGACAUAGAUAAGGUACGAUGUAUUAUAAGGAAUAUUGUAAGAGAUUGGGCAGCUGAGGGGCAGAGGGAACGUGACGAGUGCUAUAAACCUAUUCUUGAAGAGCUUGUUCGUCUAUUCCCUCAUCGCUGUAGCAUAAGCCCUCCUGCUUGUUUAGUUCCCGGCGCUGGACUUGGUAGGCUAGCUUUAGAGAUUUCAUGUCUAGGUUUUAUAAGCCAAGGAAAUGAAUUUUCAUACUACAUGAUGAUCUGCUCAAGUUUUAUUCUAAAUCACACUCAAGCUGCUGGGGAGUGGACAAUACAUCCUUGGAUCCACAGCAAUUGUAAUUCACUUUCAGACAGUGACCAACUUCGUUCUGUCUCCAUUCCAGAUAUUCAUCCGGCUAGUUUCAGAAGACUUUUUGUGGCCAAGGUUGUGGCUCAACUUAUUCAUUUAAGUAAUUCUGGAUUGGCUCAAAAAAACAUGCUGGCUCCUUAUUGGUACUCUUUAGGGAUGUUAUCAUCGACUCCCCUUGGAAACAGUGCAGGGAUUACUGAAGGCUUUUCGAUGUGUGGUGGUGACUUUGUUGAAGUCUACAGCGAUCCAAGCCAAGUAGGAGCCUGGGAUGCUGUGGUGACCUGUUUUUUCCUUGAUACAGCGCACAAUAUUGUUGAAUACAUUGAGAUCAUUUCGAAAAUUCUCAGAGAAGGGGGAGUCUGGAUAAACUUGGGGCCCCUACUGUAUCACUUUGCAGAUAUGUAUGGUCAGGGAGAUGAGAUGUCAAUUGAGCCGAGUUUGGAGGACGUGAAAAAGGUUGCUCUUCAUUAUGGAUUUCAAGUGGAGAAAGAGAAGACCAUUGAAACUACCUAUACUACAAAUCCUCGAUCAAUGAUGCAAAACCGAUAUUACACUGCAUUCUGGACGAUGCGAAAGAGGACAUUGGAGACCAUGAAGCAGCAAGGCAUGACCUAG